AUUCACCAUGGACGUGGUUUAUAGCAUUUCUUGCAGUUGAUUUCUUAUAUUAUUGGUUUCAUCGUGCUUCUCAUGGUUUGUGCCCUGUUUAUCUAUUUCAAUGAAAACACUUCACCAAGAAAGAAUUUCGCAUUAUAAUUUAGAAGUAAACUUUAUUUGGGCAUCACAUCAAGUUCACCAUAGUGCAGAAGAUUAUAAUUUGACAACAGCUCUCAGACAGUCAGUGGUCCAAAGAUACUUCAGAGGAUUUGUAAACCUUCCUUCUGCUUUGUUUGUUCCACCUUCUGCAUACUUUGUUCAUGUCCAAUUCAACUUGUUGUAUCAAUUUUGGAUUCAUACUGAGUUAAUUAAAUCUCUUGGUCCACUUGAAUACAUUCUCAAUACUCCCAGUCAUCAUAGAGUUCAUCAUGGAAGAAAUCCAUACUGCAUUGAUAAAAAUUAUGGUGGCACUCUUAUCAUAUUUGAUCGCUUAUUUGGAACAUUUCAAGGUGAAACAGAGGAGAAGGUUGUUUAUGGAUUGAUUAAGCCAGUUAACACUUGGAAUCCAGUUUGGAUUCAGGUCUGUCAUUACGUUCAUAUUGCAAAGACUAUGUGGAAAAUGGAAGGAUUUAUGAACAAAGUUUAUAUUUUGAUCAAAGGUCCAGGAUGGCUUCCAGGCGCACCUCGACUUGGUAAACCGGAAGAUAUUCCUCAAAUUGAAAACCCUAUCGAGAAAUACAAUAAAGGUCUUUCAAUAUGUGGAAAUUUCUACAUCGUUAUACACACUAUCUUAUUCAUUUUAAUCUUUGACGAAUUGACCCGGCAAAAAUUGAAUUUAAGUCAAGCUAAUGCGACAAGUGUUGUUUUAUAUCUUUUUGCUACUGGCGUUUGUUUUGGCCUACUGAUGGAUAACAAAUGGUACGCUUCGCGUAUUGAAUUCAUCAGAUGUGUUUUCACUGUCGCGUUUCUUUUUGUUCAUCAUCAGAGUUUACCACAAAAUCGUAUUAAAGGUAUGAUGAACACAGUUUCGCAGCCUUUGUUGGAAGUAACGCAAAUGAUUUAUGCUGCGUCGGCAAUAAUUUGGCUUCUUCUUUUCCUUGCUUCUGAUAAGAUCGUCGAAAAACAAAACUAGAAGUCGUUGUGACGUAUGGGAGACGUUGAAAUUUGGAAUUACGUUAGUCUGAAAUGGUUGAACUCGCGGAGAUUCUUCGAAAAAAUUGAUAUUCAAGAUUUUACUAAGACGAGUUGUUUUUCUCGUUAUUAAUAUUUAUUCUUAGUGCUGAGUCAUUUCCGAAAAUGUUGUCAACAUUUCCAUUAACUAUCACAGUAAUGGUAGUAAUUUAAAUUAUAGAAAUUGACAAUUUAUAAUGCUAAAUUGAAACAGCAAAA